AUUUGGCCUGCGGGCGAAGGAAAACUUUUGCCUCUCUAUUUUCUGUCUUUUGGAAAGAGACAAACCGACAUAAGCUUCAUAUGAGUAUUCCAUUUUGACUCUUCACCGAAGUUCCCUUCAGCAGCUUUUCUACUUUGGAAGAUUCUGCAGUCAUGGAACACUACUGGAAAAGCCGACCUGUCGCAUAAGGGUUUUGGAAAUAUGCUGGUUCUCAGAACGAGUUCAAAGAGGCAGAGGCGCCCAAAUGUUAGGUUAGGAGAGAUAGGAGACGCUUCGGUCGCUUUUUCUUAUAAAGCUAGGGUGAAUUUGGAAGAGAAGAAAUGGAAAAAUGAGCCUAAAGAAACAGUUUUAAUCUUGAAUGAUGGGUUUUCUGGGCAAAUGUCACCAGGAUUAUUGGUUUCGGACCCUAAUGUAUCUCAAAAGUCUUCGGCCGAUGCGCUCCACAACAGAGAGAAUAGAAACCCUAAUUCUUCAAAGUUGUCUUCCGAGUUGGUGGUUUUGGGUGAAGCUGAUGCUGCCUCUAAACCUGCGGUGGAUUUCGGAAUUGUAAAGAGGAAGGGCCGGCUCAUGAAGCGAAGGGGACGGAGCAUGAUUGCUGGCACUGGUAUCUCCAGUAAGGCCUGGAAUUGCAAAGUUGCUUCUGAAGUUAACAAUGAAAAUGGGAAAGGACACAGAAGCAGUGAUUUUGUUGGUCCAACAUCAAAUGCAUCUCAUGAUGUUGACAAUGUCAGUGGAUUUAAGGAUUCCUCUGGUCGUGAAACUUCUGAUACAAGCAAAGGAGACCAUCAGAAUGAGUGUUUUGAACCCUUUUCAGCUGUGCAGGUGUGCGGUGAUCAGGAUGAGUUUUGGAAAGGAGAAGCUAGCAUAGUAGGUGAUACCUUGUACUCUGACGAUGGUCCUUGUGUAAACCCCAAAUCUGGUGCUGAAUAUGACAAGAUGGAAGUUGGUGGUAUUGUUGUAAAUUGUGUUAGGACAUGGCUGGAGGAGCUUGGGUUUGGCCAGUAUGCAGGAAUAUUUGAAGUGCAUGAGGUGGACGAGGAGGCAUUGCCGUUACUGACUUUUGAAGAUCUCAAAGAGAUGGGUAUAAAUACUGUUGGGCCACGGAGAAAGAUGUACACUGCAAUUCAGCAUCUAAGGGAACAAGGAGGAUUUUCUGUUUGAUCAGGCACUCCAUAGAAUAGAUAGGUGAUAUUGCCUUUACUGGCUUUUUUGUGUAAAAGGAAAAUGGUACCCAUGGAAUGUAAGUUGGCAUUUUGCUAAUGCUUUUUUUUUUGUCAAGUGGAUCAGCUUACUUGCUUUCCUUUUAUGUAGAAAGAAAAUGGCACCCAUGAAAUGUAAGUUGGCAUUUUGCUAAUGUUUUCCUUUUGUUAA